GCAAAAUCGAGUCUUGUUCUAAUCAAAUUGAAAUCAAACCCUCGAAUUGUUGCUUCUUGGGUUUGUUCCGUGAAACAAAGUCUUUCAAGAAUUGGGGAUCAAAGCUUGGUGAUUGAAUACAAGUCCUGUUUGAUAUCAGCGGAACAGAUGAUGAUGAUGAUGAUUAGGGUUACGAAUGUGUUCUUCUCUAUCAGUCGCUGAAAUUAGGGUUUACGAAUUUUUUAGCCUCUGCCCCUGAGCUCUUUCUCUCUUUCUCUCUCUCUCUCUCUCAACCACAAUGGAAAGAAGGCACUUGGAUAGGAUCAGUAAGUUGCCAGAUGCUGUACUUGUGAAGAUCUUGUCUUCACUUCCAACAACAAAAGAUGUAGUAGCCACCAGUGUUCUGUCUAAACAGUGGCGGUCUCUUUGGAAGAUGGUCCCCAAGCUCACGUUUAGUUACAAUGGUGGCAAUGAUAUUCAGGGGUUUUCUGAUAGUGUUCGGAGGACCAUGCUUUCACUCGAGGCUCCGUAUCUACAGAGCUUGCAUCUUGAUGUUGAAGGUGAUCGUAUGGAUGGUUUUGGAGAGUUGCUUGGAAUCGCACGUGGACUCCAUGUGCGUGAGUUGGUACUCAAACUAUCUGGCCCUGAUUCCAACAGACAUCCUAUCAUCUUGGAUAACUGUCCCUCUCUGGAAACCUUGAAAGUUCUUGGUGAGUAUGGUUCCAUUGCUCUAGAGGUCCCUUCCCCCGUUUGUCUCAAGUCUCUUAGAACUCUGCACCUUCAAGAUGUCUUCUACGAAGACGACGAUGAAUCCGUUGAGAACCUUUUAGCUGGCUGUGUUAGUCUUGAAGAUUUGUUUGUUGCUCGAUGGGGUCAUGAUGGUGUGGAGACUUUCACUGUUGACGUGCCUUCUUUACAGGAGCUAACCAUAGAAGAUAACGUCUUUGAUAAUUCUGACUACGUGAUAAACACUCCUUCUUUGAAAAAGUUGACGAUUGAUGCGAUUGGCAAUCCUAUCGGAUCUGAAUUUAUGAUGAUUGAUGCACCUGAGGUGGUGGAGGCAAAUAUUUGGACCCAUGCUGAUUUUCUAAUGGGAGAAUCAUUCUCUUCAGUCAAACGCCUUUCCUUGAGUAUAUCAGACCUGAAGGUUCCUGCUGGUAGCAUCUUCAAUCAGCUGGAACAUUUGCAGCUGCUUACAGAGCAUCUAGAUUCCUGGAAUCCACUAAUGGUCAUGCUUGAUAACUCUCCUAAUUUACAAGCUCUCGAGAUCAUUGAACACUUUGGUGAAGUGAAAUGGAAGCGACCAAAACAUGUUCCUCAAUGUUUGCUUCAUCUUAAGACAUUAGAUUGGCUGGUAAGGGGAUUAACAUACGGAGAAGAGGUGGCCAAAUACAUCCUAUCGAAUGCAAAGAGUUUGGAAAGUGUUAUUUUGCGCCUUGACCGCACCUCCUUCGACGAGUAUUUUCCCGAGAAAGAUAGACUUAAGGUGUGUCAUGACUUCGAAGGAUGGUGUCCAGAUGAUUGUGAGUUUGAGCUUAUAACAAUAAUGUGAUGCAGCACAUCUUCAUACGCUUGGACUUUCUUUUAUGUCUUAUUAUGGUUCCUAAUUUGUGUAAUUGACUAUUUCUUAGAGCAGUCAUUGCUCUUGCAUUUGCUACAUUUUAGUAUCUGGUAACUUAAAACUGAGUUUUUGAUU